AUGACAAUCCGCAAACACGAUCUGCUCGCAGCAGCGAGCGAUGACGAGUCCGAUGCACAUGGCUACUCCUCCGAAGACAACGGCGUCGAAACCAAAGGCCGAACCAUCAAGCGCAGAAAGCGAGCCCAAGCAAGCGAUUUCUUCGGAUUAGAUUCUGACGAAGAAGACUCCGCAUCGAAUGACGAGGAAGAGCGUUCUGAGGUCAAGGGAAAGAAAGCGCGCAAGGUUAUUGAGAAGGAACCUACAUCUGAAGAUGAAGAUGAAGAGGAGCAAGUCUCAGAGCAAGUCAACGAGGAACUUGAAGACGACAUUGAAGAUGAAGGAAGCGACACAUACCUCGAUCCAACGACGAAGUCAAAACCAUUAUCGAAACCACUGAAAGUACCCAAGAAACCAAAGAAACUAGGCGUCAUCUACCUCAGUUCCUUACCACCAUACAUGAAACCCAUGACUUUGAAAAAGAAGAUCGAGGACUACGGAUUUGGGCCUGUAUCGAAGGUUUUCCUUGCGCCGCUUGUCACCAAUAAGGCUGUCCAGAAGGCGAAGUCUAAUAAGCGAAAGCUUUUUGGGGGGGGGUGGAUUGAGCUUCCGAAGAAGCAGGCUAAGAUUUGUGCCGAGACAAUGAAUGCUAAUAUUGUUGGUGGAAAGAAGGGUGGAUACUAUCAUGAUGAUGUGUGGGUCAUGAGGUACUUGAAGGGCUUUAGCUGGGCCAAUUUGACGGAGCAGAUUAAUAACGAGAGAGCUACAAAAGGAGCCCGUCAACGAGCUGAAGAUGCUCGAGCUCGUCGUGAAGAAAAGGUCUUCAUGGAAGGCGUUGAAGCCGGCAGAGUCGCUGAUGGUAUGGCGAAGAAGAAUGAGGAGAAACGGAAGAGGAAGCUGGAGGCGUUGGGAGAGGAUGUUGAGACAAAGCCGCAGAAACCUGUUACUAUUCGCAGACGUUUCGUCCAGAAUGAUGUUGUCAAGCCGAAGAAGUCAACUUCUGUUGGCGAUGAUGCGAAGAGGGUAUUGGGCAAGAUCUUUUGA